GUUUAUAUACAUGUAAAUAAUGAAUAAGACUACGUGUGUGGAUUAUGAAUGUCGCUAUAUAUAUCUGUUAUCGUUGCUAUGUGUGAAGCAGGUGUUAAAACGAAUUAGAGUUAGCACGACCGACUAGGAGAUAGUGAAAGAGGAGUGGCAUCCAUCACCGUUCACUAGGAACCAAACGGACGCGAACGGUCCAAAAAGGGGGCGGGACCUACAUGACUUCGUCCAAUAAGAAGCUAUAAUAUUCGUUGCAAAAUGUUUACCGUUAAAACGUUUUUGCUACGACAGGGAUUAAUGAACACACCCCAGGGUGACAACGCCGAUGACUUUCUCUGAACAUGGCCGCUCAAGAUGAACUCAAUCAACUGGAGCGAGUUUUCUUGCGUUUGGGCCAUGCAGAGACUGAUGACCAACUCCAGGACAUUAUAUCCAAGUUCCUGCCCCCGGUCCUCCUCAAACUGUCCAGCGUGCAGGAGGGAGUCAGGAAGAAAGUGAUGGAGCUCCUGGUCCACCUGAACAAGAGGAUUAAGAGCAGACCGUUGAUCCAGCUACCAGUAGAGACCCUCCUGGUUCAGUACCAGGACCCUGCCGCAGCAUCCUUUGUUACGAAUUUCACCAUCAUUUACAUCAAGAUGGGAUACCCUCGACUGGAGGUGGGGAACCAGUGUGAGCUGGCACCUACUCUGCUGACUGCUAUGGAGGGCAAGCCUGAGCCCCAACAGGAUAGCUUGAUGCAUCUCCUGAUCCCGUCCUUGUAUCACAUGAAGUACCCAAAGGACUCUUCCAACACUUCCAAGAUGGCCUCUCCCUUCAUCCUGAUGGAGAAACCCAAGACGGUUCAGUUACUGCUGGAGUUCAUGUUGGACGUACUGCUGAUGCCCUACGGGUUUGUCCUGAACGAGCCUCCCACUCGCCCAGCUCCCUCGUCCCCUCAGGGUAGCUCUGGGGCAGCGGCGGCCGGACAGGGCCUCCCCCAGCCGCCUCCAGGGAUGAGCGUCUACGCUGCCAAGAGGGUCAUCGGAGAGGCCCAGUGGAGCCCAGAGCAGCUGGAACAGUGUAAACUCGGCAUAGUGAAGUUCAUCGAGGCAGAACAGGUACCGGAGGUGGAGACGGUCAUACACCUGGUGGUUGCCUCUAGCGACACAAGACACGGCGUUGCCACGGCCGCGGACCUGGAGCUCAAGAGCAAGCAGAGUAUUAUCGACUGGAACAACCCCCUGAUCGUCAACAGGAUGUACAAGGUCUACCUGGGAGACAUCCCCCUCAAAACUAAGGGGGCCAGUCUGAAAAGGGAGCUGAAACAUGAGCCGGUCAGCACCAGAGUCAAGAUGAAGAUCCUACCACAUCUCUUACGCUCACGCCUCGCCGCUGAGUGCUUCCCGGCUAACAUACAGGUGGUGUACGACGGUCUGUUUGGAGCCAACACCAACAACAAGCUGCUCUCUCUUACACUUCAGUUUGUUCACCACAUCUGUCAGGUAUGUCCUGACACCAACAAACCACUGGGUCUGAUGCUGCUGAAUGGCCUCACCAAGCUCAUCAAUGAGUACAAGGAGGAUCCUAAGUUGCUGUGUAUGGCCUACUCUGCUGUGGGGAAACUGUCCAGCCGGAUGCCCCAACUCUUCACCAAAGAUAUCGCUCUGGUCCAGCAGUUCUUUGAGGCCAUGUGCAAGGAGGAGCCUGAUGUCCGUCUAGCCAUCCAGGAGGCACUGUCUAUGAUGGUGGGAGCCUACGCUAACCUACAGGGGGCGCUACUGAACCUGAUGGAAGCCCUGGUGGCAGCUUACAUGGGCAAGCCUGAGGUGCAGGUGCGUCAGGUGGCAAUGAAGUACGCCAGCACGGUAUUCGCUUCUGAUCACGUGCCCUCCAGAUACUUGCUCCUAUUGGCUGCUGGGGACCCGAGAGAAGAGGUUUGCAGCGAGGCCCAGCGUGUCCUGAGGGCUCUGCCUGCUAAGAACUCGGAGAAAGAGGGCCGUAAACCCAUGCCCUCAUUCCCUGACAUGGUGGCCUACAUCCAGGAGAAGGCUGCUCAGAGAAUGAAGACGCCGGCUAAGUACACCGUGGGGACGUACACGCUCCCCUUCAACCCUUCUGCGUUUGGCGAGAUCGUGCUGUACCUGCGGAUGUGUCUGGCCCACAGUGCCGGGGCCACGCCCGUCUCCAAGAGCCUGGCGGACAUGCAGGACGACGCGCCUGCCAUCGGACGCUACACGCACGCCCUGCUCUCCGACGGACCCCUGACCUCGCCGUCCUCCACUGGAACCAAGGGGGCAGAGGUCAACCCCGUGCAGGUCUACAUGGAGUUACUGCAGCAGCUGCUGUCUGCUGUAGGAGGAGUCCCUGUGAUGUACUGUCUUCUGGAGGUGGUGUCUGUCUGUCCUCACAACCUGGCCCCCAUGUUUAUCCACAAGAUCGACUGGAUCAAGAGUCUAAUGAACACCAACAAGGAGGACCUAAGGGAGCUAGCAGCUCAGCUCUACGCUGUGGUGGUGUCCACCAUGUCAGGAAACGAACUGAAGACUGCCGUUCAGACGCUCAUCAAGAUCACUAAAGAUACACACAGCCCCGAGACCCAGCACGGAGCCAUCAUGGCGCUGGGCUACAUGGUGGCCAGGUACAUGAGCAAGAGGAAGUCCUUCGCCAACGGAGACUCCGCCCUCAACCGGGAACAGAGGAUGAACGACACGCCCAAGGAGGACGAGGAGCUGGUCGCUAUAGCAACCAAAGCCAUCGGCUCUUUCCUAGACAGUGGUUCCCCUCUGCUCGCUGUCGCUGCCUGUACGGCCCUCGGGGAGAUCGGGAGGAACGGGCCUCUGCUCAUCCCUUCAGAAGGAGAGGGAUUCACCAAACUCGCCGUGGUGGAGAAGAUGCUGGCUCGCAUCCCCUCUGGGAAAGAGACCCUCAAGAUGAAGGAGAGAGCCAUCCAGACUCUGGGUUAUCUACCAGUGGGAGAUGGAGACUUUGCCCACCAGAAGAAGCUGCUGCAGGGGCUCAUGGACUCUGUGGAGGCCAAACAGGUAGAACUACAGUUUACAGUAGGUGAGGCCAUCACCAGUGCUGCUAUAGGGACCAGUUCUGGAGCUGCCAGGGACCCCUGGACCUGUACUGAGGAGCAAUACAGUCCCCCAGACAAUGUGGAGAGUAAUGAUGUGGUUCCGUGGGUGCUGAACUCUAUCCUGGCUAAGUACAUCCCAAGUCAAAACCCCCACGUCAGACAGGCUGCCUGUAUAUGGCUGCUCUCUCUGGUGAAGAAGCUGCACCAGCACAAAGAGAUCAGGUCUCACCUGAAGGAGAUCCAGACGGCUUUCAUCUCCAUCCUGUCAGACCCUGAUGAGUUGAGUCAGGACGUGGCAUCUAAAGGUCUUGGUCUAGUCUAUGAGAUGGGAGGAGAGGGAGACCAGCAGGAACUGGUGUCUACACUGGUCGAAACACUGAUGACUGGCAAGAGGGUGAAGCAUGCCGUGUCGGAGGACACAGAGGUGUUCCAGGGAGAGGCUCUGGGGAAAGCACCGGACGGACACGGACUCUCCACCUACAAGGAGCUGUGCUCAUUGGCCAGUGACCUCAACCAACCGGAUCUGGUCUACAAGUUCAUGAACCUAGCCAAUCACCACGCCAUGUGGAAUUCCCGCAAGGGAGCAGCGUUUGGGUUCAACAUCAUAGCAGCGAAGGCAGGAGAGCAGCUCGCCCCCUACCUGCCCCAGCUGGUACCACGUCUGUACCGAUACCAGUUUGAUCCCAACCUGGGCAUCAGGACGGCCAUGACCUCCAUCUGGGAUGCUCUGGUCACUGACAAGAACAUGGUGGAUAAGUAUCUGAAGGAGAUCCUCCAGGAUGUGAUAUCUAACCUGACCAAUAACAUCUGGAGGGCCCGGGAGUCCGCCUGCCUCGCUCUCAACGACCUCAUCCGAGGACGCAACGCCGACGACCUCAUCGACCACCUGGAGGAGAUCUGGGAGACCCUGUUCAGGGUUCUGGACGACAUCAAGGAGUCUGUAAGGAAGGCUGCUGAUAUAACCCUCAAAACACUGAGUAAGGUGUGUACUAGGAUGUGUGAGUCGUCAGGUUUAGCAGCCCAGAGGACUGUAGCUGUUCUGUUACCAACCCUCCUGGAUAAAGGCAUUGUCAGCAACGUGCCUGAGGUCCGCUCUCUCAGUAUCCAGACCUUGGUGAAGGUGUCUAAGACAGCUGGUAAUAGGUUGAAGCCCCACGCCCCUCGUCUGAUCCCAGCACUCCUGGAGGCUCUCAGUGUCCUGGAGCCACAGGUCCUCAACUACCUCAGCCUCCGAGCCACGGAGCAGGAGAAGAGUGCCAUGGAUGCUGCCAGACUCAGUGCUGCCAAGUCCUCCCCCAUGAUGGAGACCAUCAACAUGUGUCUGCAGCACCUGGACGUGUCUGUUCUGGGGGAGCUGGUCCCCAGACUCUGUGAGCUACUGAAGAGUGGAGUGGGUCUGGGCACCAAGGGUGGUUGUGCCAGUGUGAUCGUGUCCCUCACCGUCCAGUGUCCCCAGGACCUCACCCCUUACUCAGGUAAACUGAUGAGUGCCCUACUGAAUGGGAUCCAUGACCGUAGCAGUGUGGUCCAGAAAGCCUUCUCCUUCGCUCUGGGACAUCUAGUCAGGACAGCGAAGGGCAGCAGUGUAGAGAAACUCCUACUGAAACUCAACACCUGGUACCUGGAGAAAGAAGAGCCGGUGUACAGGUCGUCGUGCGCCCUGACGGUCCACGCUAUCAGCCACUACAGCCCUGAUGUCCUGAAGGGGCAUGCGGUGGUAGCGUUGCCGCUAGCCUUCUUGGGUAUGCACCAGGCGCCGGGACCAGACGAGGAGAAGGGAGAGAGCCACGACGCCACGCUGUGGAACGAAGUCUGGCAGGAACACGUACCAGGAAGCUUUGGGGGCAUCCGCCUCUACAUGACGGAGCUGAUCGACAUUACCCAGAAGGCCUUGCAGUCCCAGUCGUGGAAGAUGAAGGCCCAGGGCGCGGCUGCCAUGGCGUCGAUCGCUAAGCAACAGACGGGUUCUCUGGUCGCCCCUCACCUGGGUAUGGUGUUGUCCGCUCUACUGCAGGGACUGGUUGGACGCACCUGGACUGGAAAGGAGGAGCUGUUGAACGCCAUCGGCUCUGUGGUGUCUAAGUGCAGUGGUGAACUCCAGAAGUCCUCCCCGGGCCAGCCCAGUGUACCAGAGGUGAUUGAUCUGGUGUUGAAGGAGUGUCGUAAAGACAACCUAGUCUACAAGAUGGCUGCCCUGGGCUGUGCUGCUGACGUCCUGCAGGCCACACAGGAAGACCGCUUCAGUGAUAUGGCAGACAUACUCAUACCACUCAUUAAGAAGAACUCUGCAGCAACUUCGAGGUUGAGACAUGAUAGUGAUGACGAUCGGGAUGAGAAGGAGAAGGAGCUGCAGACCGAAGCUCUACUCUGUGCCUUCCAGACGCUGGGCAAGACCUGGCCCAACAACACACAAACCCAGGAGCGUUUCCAGUUGGACCUGUGCUGUCUGAUGUGUGAGAGGUUGAAACUCAGUACAUGGAGGGUCCAGGUGGGGGUGCUACAGUCUAUGAAGACAUACUUCCAGAGGUUGCUACUGUUGGAGAAAGAGAAAGACAACCAGAACUUCACAGCCUUGUCCCUUAUUCUCACAGAGACAUGCAGCGCACUCACAUACCCACUAGAGAAUAAGAGUUACUCCUCUGUGAGGACCGAAGCGUUGUCUGUUGUGGAUCUGCUGGUGAAGAGGACAGGAGAGAGCGGUCAGUGGGAGUGUGUCUCGGGAAAGAGUCGCGAACAGCUGCAGCGUUCACUGUCCACCCUGCAGACAGACAGCAGACCUGACCUACGAGACAAGGCCCAGGAACUACGGAGGAACAUCCAGAGUCAACCCUGAACACACACACAGACACCUACCUAGUCAACCCUGAAUACACCCCCCAGAGUGGACAGGCGUGAUGAUUAUAACGUGUAUUGUGUCGAUGGGUGGACGGCUGGCUGGGUCAUUUAUAAUUGCCAUAUCAACUCACUAUGUAAACAAAACAGCACCCUAUUCCCUAUAUAGUGCACUACUGUUGACCAGAUCCCAUAGGAUUCUCUGAAGUAGUGCACUACUGUUGACCAGGUCCCAUAGGAUUCUCUGCUCUGAAGUAGUGCACUACUGUUGACCAGAUCCCAUAGGAUUCUCUGAAGUAGUGCACUACUGUUGACCAGAUCCCAUAGGAUUCUCUGAAGUAGUGCACUACUGUUGACCAGAUCCCAUAGGAUUCUCUGAAGUAGUGCACUACUGUUGACCAGAUCCCAUAGGAUUCUCUGAAGUAGUGCACUACUGUUGAC